UCGAGGUGGCGCCACGUCAGAGCUUCUCCUCUGUCACCGUCAUUUGCAAACAGCAUUUCUUUAGUCUUCUGCGCUUUGGUAACAUUUUCUUUCACCAUGCUCAGGCUGGGACUGCGCUGCUUUCUGCUGCAUGUCGCUUUGGUUUUUGGGACGGAGCUCACGUUUGAACUCCCUGACAACGACAAGCAGUGCUUCUACGAGGAGUUAUACAAAGACGUGAAGUUUGACAUAGACUUCCAAGUUAUUUCAGGGGGCAACUACGAUGUGGACUGCUUUGUCACUGAUCCCCAAAACAACGUCCUGUACAACGAAAGGAAAAAGCAGUAUGACAGCUUCUCUCACACCACAGCCAUGCAGGGAGUCUACAAGGUCUGCUUCAGCAAUGAGUUUUCCACUUUCACACAUAAAAUUGUGUACAUGGACUUCCGGCACGGAGAGGAGCAACCUCUCCUAGAGAAAAUGAGCAGCAGCACAGCGUUGACUCAGUUGGAGUCGUCCUGUGUUGCCAUUCAUGAGGUCUUGAAGGUGGUGGCUGACUCGCAGACAUGGUACAGGCUAAGAGAAGCCCAGGACCGCACAAAGGCAGAGCACCUGUUCGAGCGGGUGACAUACUGGUCAAUCGGAGAAACUGUUCUAUUGUUUGUCAUCGGUGUUGGUCAAGUAAUGCUUCUAAAGAGCUUCUUUAGUGAGAGAAAAGGGUCAGUGGCAGCCACCACUUAAUAGUCAUCUUGAUCUUCCAUGGGUAUGAACAUUUUCCAAGUGCCAGCUUUCAUUUGGUCAGAUGCACAUAAAGUAUGAUUUUUUUUUCCUGUUAACUGGAUUCAAUAGUUUUUUGUUUUUUUUUCUGACUGCUCAAAUAGAAUCCUCAAACUUGAAUAACUUUUUGUUAACAAGCAGAAUGUAAAAGCACGGUAGUUUUUUUUAAAAGUAUAGUUCUUAUGUUGUCAUUUAAUAGAAGUGAAACAUGAUUAUUGUCAAAGUUUCACCCCGCAGCUAGAUCAAGUUCUAAAUGUGGAAAAUAAAUAAAAACCAAAGAAAGAUUGUGAAUGUCAGUUGAGAUUGUUUUACUCUGUGAUCUUAAUGUUUUUGGGGUGCACCUAUUGCAGUUUUCAGGCCGAUCACUGAUAUUUCAAAAGCCUAGCCCGAUGAUUCAGAUUAUUUUUUUGUCUGAUAAAUCACUAAAUAUCGCAACUCUUUAAGUUGGCAACAGUACGGUGACUGUUACCAAUCACACAUGUGCAGGCCUGAAAUACAGCAGCUGAUUUUCAGACAUUUUGCUAAGAUUGGUUUCACUACCAAAAUUCAAGAAAUUAAGGCCAAUUUGUCGGUGUAUCCUUGUUGUAACAAGUUUUGAGAUGUCACGUCGUGUUUUAGAAGUAUUGUUUUUUGUUGUUGCUGUGAUUCUUAUUAACUGUAUUUCAAUGUCUGUCUUGUUUCAACUGCUUGAUUUGUGUGUUUUUGUUUGUCAUACAAAGAACAAAGAGUAACCACAUAUGACUUGUCUGUUAUAUUGAGCUGGAAACACAAACUAGUUUGAGAUUAAAAUCUAGGUGCCAAAGCUGUUCAAUAAAAUUUUCAGAAGGAACCUUUAA